UUUGAACUUGACAAAUGAGCAAAGGCAAGAAUAUUAAGAGAACUUUAUACGAAGAAUUCGAGGAAAUUGAUAGAGAACAACCUGAUAGAACUAAUUCUUCCCCAAAGUUUAAAAAUCUUAAAACAGAGACUGAAGAGAAACAAGGAAUUACCAGGGAUUACGAGACCCGGACAAGGACCAGGACGAGCCACAGAAGUGAUCGUCAAAGAAAUAAUAGGCCAGUAAUGAAGCCAAGGCAGGAAAACUCUCUUGGUGAACUCACAAAGAAAUUUAUCCAGCUUAUAAAACAAACUGAAGAUUACUGCAUCGACCUCAAUGAGGCGGUCGAAGAACUAGGUGUUCAGAAAUAGAAGAAUCUACGACAUCACAAAUGUACUGGAAGGGAUAGGCCUCAUCGAGAAAUAUAGUAAGAACAAAAUUAGAUGGAAUAGCGCCAUGCGUCUUGAUAACUUCGGUGAAGAAGACAUCCAAUAUAUCAAUGAAGAGGCUGAACUAGAAAAACAGAAAGACCAAGAGAAGGAAAUUGAAAGGCUGAAUCUCGAGCUUGAGGAAUACCAACGAGAGGAGCAAUGGCUUGAUACUAUGAUCAGCACUGUUAAUAAUCAGCUACUAGAGAUGGCUAAUGACGAGCUCUAUGAGCAGUUCGCAUAUGUUACUUAUGACGAUAUUAAAUAA